UUUGCCAAAAUUGACGCAGUCAAGGGUUGUUUCAGCGCGGAAAUGGAUUGGACAGCCAAGUGACUCGACAUUUUCAAAUUAUAAACACACAAGCAAAAAAGAAAAUUCCAAACUCACAAACUACAAGGGCUGCCAUCUAUCCGAAUCACCGCAAGCGUGCGCAUGUCUUUUUUGUCGUGAGUGUGUGCGUGUCAUUGUGGGAGAAAACCAACAGCCAUAGUGUGAGUGAGUGAGUGCGAGAGUCCAAUCCAAGACUUUUCAGUGUGUGUGAGUGAGUGAGCAAAGGUUCAUCAACUAUAGCAGCUAUACACUCUUGACAAAAGGAAAGAGAAAAAACAAGUUCAAAAGGAGAGGUCUAUAGAGAGAUAAAAGAAGAAGAAGAAGAAGAAGAAGAAGAGGAAGAGGAAUAAGAUGCCAACAGCCAGAGGCAAGCGCCUCUCCAAGGAGACCAGGGCACCAGUCACUGCAACUUCGGCAAGGUUCAACAAGGCGUUUGAGGAUGACAACGGAGUCGGAGGUUUCGGAGCAAUGGUGGAACAGGAGAGACCCAAGGCCUGGUCCGAACCCAUCCCCGAGGCCAUGGACGUGCACGUGGAGCCCGAACUUACCGGAGACCCCUUGCUCUGGACCAUGGCGAGAUACAUCUCCUCAAUAUAUUCUCUUCAUCACACAUAA